GGUCACACUAGGGGAACACGGAAAUUUAUUUUUGUUUGUUAUUCAAUUGAGUUGGCCUGCUUGGAACGAUCCAGAAAACCGACCGUAGACAGGAAACUAUCCCUAGCUCCGGCUAUUUUACCAGACCUUGAGUCCAUCUUCGCCAGCGAGGAUUGGUUUUGGGACCAUGGCUGCCGGGCCGGUAACCAAUAUCCUGCAGAUGAACGACGACUGUCUGGCCGAGGUUUUUGAACGUCUGCAGGACUUGCCGUCGGAAGUGUCCUUCGCGAGGACUUGCCGGCGACUGCAGUGCAUUUGUCUGGCCAAGUGGCGCACCAGCCGUGUAUACGAGCAACUGGAUUUGGAGAAGUGGCGGGUACUUUUGCCCAACCAUGAAGACCUGGUAUACUUCUUAACCCAAAUGCGUCCGUACAUUAAAGAGAUUAGCGGCAGCAGCUGCCUGUGCUCUAUACUAAAGGAUCUGGACGAAAUGCACAUUGCGGAGCUGCCCCUAGUGACCAGCUUCUACUACGACUCAGACGACGUCGAUUGCUAUCCCACGAACCGGAGCAUCCGUAAGCUGGCCCAGCUUCUGCCUGGCUUGCGAAAGUUGCGCCUAACCACUCCCAUCGACGGGCGGUACCUGUCCAAUUUCGAGCACCUGCAGGAGCUGCACCUCUACGAAGACCAACACAAGGCGUUUGAGCUGCAGCAGAAGUACCUGGACGAAGUGUGCCGCAAACUGCAUGAUCUUCGGGUCCUGGACAUUAGGACGUACGAUAUGAUCAGUAAACUUCAGCUGGGAAACUGCCUGGAAAGCUUUAAGAACCUCACUGAUCUUAAGCUUAAUCUGGCCACCUUAAAACCCAUUCUUCCCGCCGUUCUAGAGCUGCCCUCCCUCAAGAAACUAGUGGUGCUGCUGGACAACGAAUGGCAUAUCCCCCCGCUGGUCAGUCCUGAUAGCUAUGACCACAAGAUCCGCGAAGUCAGCGAGUUCUACGAGAUCAUGGAUUUCAAGGCCAAGGAAAUAGUGGGAUUUGCCGUGGACGGAUACUAUAUGCCCCUGGAACCUGGCUGGGAUGAGAAGCUGCCCAUCUGGACGUAUUACAGACUAAAGCGCCUGGCCAUUUGCAGCUGGACGCAUUCGGCAGACUACCUAAAGCGCUACACCUGUAUGACAGACCUGCAGCUGCUUUGCUUGCGCAACUGGAAUGACCUGAGCGACGAAAUCCUCUUAGAAUUCGUGGAGCUCUGUCCAAGAUUGGAACAUCUCGACGUGUCCUACUGCCGAAAUCUGACGCCAACAUUUUUACCACGCGCCUUAAAUAUUCUUAAGCGGCGGGAGCCGUACAAGCAGCAGCCAGGAGUUGGAUGGUCGCCACCUCUGAAGCUCUACUACGACCUUAGUGGCUUUGAGGACUAUGUGGAUAGAGCGAACCUUAAGAGCUCUUUGGAAUAUAGAGGAUAUAUUGUUUUCACCGCCGACUUUCCUGUCGACUCUGAAAGGGGUUUAAGCUUUGUGGACCGCGGAUACCAAUUUGAAUUUCACUGACCUCAAAAUAUGUAAAUAUAAAAACGUAGAUUUAUUCAAUAAUUUAUUAUUAAAAUUUUUGUUGCACAAAA